GCCUCACCUGUGCUUUGUGCCCAACGGCAGCUGCGGGCUCAGGGGCAGUGGGAGGGCUUCCACUUCCUUUCGCUUUCUCAGGCCGCCAAACCUGGCACCUGGGGACAGAACUACAGUUCCCACCGCGCAGCGAGGCAGCAGGAAGAAGGGGCCCUGAGGGCUGAAAAGGAAAACAAGGAGAAAAAGAAAACCUUUCCCGCUUCCAGAAGUGAGAGAGCGCGACAGUUCCACUCCAGGGAGGCAGCGCCAUGCAGUUCUCCAGCUCAGCCAGGGCAGCAGAUGAGAACUUCGACUAUUUGUUCAAGAUCAUCCUCAUCGGGGACUCCAACGUGGGGAAGACCUGUGUGGUGCAGCAUUUCAAAUCCGGGGUCUACACGGAGACACAGCAGAACACGAUCGGGGUGGACUUCACUGUGCGCUCCCUGGAGAUCGACGGCAAGAAAGUGAAGAUGCAGGUGUGGGACACCGCAGGCCAGGAGCGCUUCCGGACCAUCACCCAGAGCUACUACCGCAGCGCCCACGCGGCCAUCAUCGCCUACGACCUGACCCGGCGGUCCACCUUUGAGUCCGUUCCUCACUGGAUUCAUGAGAUAGAAAAAUACGGAGCUGCGAACUUGGUCAUUAUGCUGAUCGGGAACAAAUGUGACCUGUGGGAGAAACGGCAUGUUCUGUUCGAGGAUGCCUGCACGCUGGCUGAGAAAUACGGCCUCCUUGCUGUUUUGGAGACAUCAGCUAAGGAGUCCAAGAACAUAGACGAAGUCUUCGUGCUCAUGGCCAGGGAGCUGAUCGCCCGCAACAGCCUGCAGCUGUAUGGGGACGGCGCCCUGAACCACCUGCCCCUGGACUCCAGUCCAGUCCUUAUGGCCCAGGUGCCAAGUGAAAAGACCCACUGCACUUGCUGAGUGCGGUCCCCCAGCCAAUAGCACCCGCCAGAGGGCAGAGCUAAACCAAAGGUGGCGGGUCUUCUAGUGUCUGCUGAGUAGCAUUUCAGACCCAAGUGUAGACUUGCCACUAGUUCUCAAUCCUGGCUUCAGACAAGAGGCCACAACAGCUGACUCUGAGGCCAGGGGAUACCACUGUCCUUUCCGAUUUUGCCUUGGACCUAAAGGCACAGGGUUAGGAGGACAAGGUUUGCUCUUUUUCAUCUCUUUUCUGUCUCCCCAGCCCUUCAACUAUGUUUCCACCGACUCUUGCUUCUCACUUGAAGAAGAGGGUAGUGAGGAAAGAUCAAAGAGGGGCGAGGAUGCUUGGAACACUCCGGAACAGUUUAGAACAGCUUGGUCAUGGGCAGAUGAGAAAAAAGCCUGCAGUGAUAAGCCAGAAUGCCGUUAACAUUUGCUUCCUGACAGUCACACCUCAGGGUUUUGGUUUGGGGAGCAAAGCCUUUUGAAAUGAAGACCAUAAAUACCUCUUGCCAAAUGGUCAGGAGCCAUGUGAUGGAGACAGAACUGGAUUUCACUUCAUUCUAUUUGGGCUGAUGUGGGAGACGUCUACAGUUCCUUUCCAAAACACCACAUUGGCUGCUGGAUCAGAAGGCAUUUCUGAAUAGUAAUUAAUUUGGCUCACAGAUGAAUAGCAAACCAAUAUUGACCUCACAGUAUGGCCCUGGGCACACCAUGUACCUGCAAUACACUGUGGUUUUUCCAAGUUCUCCCGAUGGUUGUUGCUGAACUGCAUCUUACAGUCACAGUAAGAACCACAAAGGCCUGUCCAGCCACAUCAGCUCCAAAAAGGGCAAUGUCUCUGGGAGCUCUCCCCAGGCCCAGGUGAGUGCCCCCAGGCAUUUCUCAUUGAUAGCAGCACAAUCGAUAGGCUGAGACCUACCUUCACGU